AUGCAUAGUGAUUUAGCAUAUCACAGCAACACACAAGAUCCUUUCAAUAAACCACCAGAUGAUCAUGAUCACCACCCACAGCAACCACAGCAACAGCAACGAGAACACCACCCAGCAGCGGGUUCUGCUGCUACUUCCAUCGAUCCACUAGAUACAACCACAACAGCCAAUGAUAACCACUUUGCAUCUAUUCCACGUACUUCUGCACCUAUACCAACAGCCAGUCUUCGUCAAUCAAGUGCAAUAAAUGAAGAUGAAUCGACUCUACCGACACUACACAAGUACUCAAGAAGAGUCUCGUUUAACAAUUUGAACCCAGUUCAUGACGGUGAUUUCUUGUAUAAUCGUCCAAUUUACAACCAAGCCACAAAUGCUAGUGGAAAACAAUAUGGUUCAUAUUCAGGUCCAUCAUCAUCAUUAUCAAGUGCGACAGCUGCCAUUGCCGGUGGUAGCUCGGAGGCAACGUCUCCUUUGUUUGCUCCAGCACAACUUAACAUACCCAAUGGUAAUGAAAAUUAUCGUUAUGGUACUUCACCUACUCGUCAAUCUUCUUUUCCAUUUGCUAGUUUGCCAAAAGUCCCUAAUUUUGAUGUCAUUAGUCAAUCACCAGGUUCUUCGUACUAUUGUUCACAACAACAACAACGUAAAAGAAGAUUAAAGUUACCCAAUCCACCAGAAAAAUCUAUUUUAAAGAAUAAGGUAUCACAACAACAAUUGGAAUAUAAUUAUAGGUUUGGAGGUAAUAUUGAAGAUGCCACUAUCAAUUAUCAUAAAGAAGAGGAAGAAGCACAAGAAGAAGAAGAAGAAGAAGAAGAAGAAAAUGUUGAGAAGACGAACCCAUCUGUGGACCACGAGCAACCUCAGCGAAGAAAGUCAUAUGCUGGCAUGACUGAUGAAGAGCUAUUAGCUCUUGACCCUCAGUUUAAUAUGAAACCAAAAACGUCCAAUUUCAAUGCGUUCAAAUUUGAUAAUCAAAAGAUUUAUUACACUAAUCGAAAACCGUCAACUUCAGGAGUUUCUGCUUUGGAGAAGUUACAAGCUCAACAACAACAAUACCCUUCAUCAAAUGAAAAUAAUUAUCGAUCAAUUGCUCUUACUGUCCAACAUGAUGAUUAUGAUGAAAUUGAAUUUAGAAGGACUUUGUUGACAACAAUUUCGGGAAGAAAACAUUCAUGGAAUUCUCUUGAUUGGCUAUUGCAGAUUGAUGACUUCAUAUUGAAUCAGAAUCAACUGAUUUUACACGAUGGGGAUUACUUGAUUGUUGCUAGUUUCAUCCCACAGAAAUUCAUCAAGGAAUAUAGCUCUAAAAGAAGGAAAAUGAGCUGUGAUGAUUAUUUGAAAUCGAAAUGUUUUGAUUUGCUUGAAUAUCUUAAAUUGAAUCUUGCUCAAUUGGAUUUAAGAAUUAAAAUGACAGUUGAAUUUGUCGUUGAAAGUGGAUUAGAUUCUAUUGAACAGCAUGGCAAUGAAUUUGGAUCUAAAUUUAUGUUGAAUAAAUUGGUCAAACAAUAUCAUCCUAAUAUUUUCAUUGUCGGAAUCAAAUCAUCAAAUUUGAAUUUUAAAUACAAGAUUAAAAAAAAUAGUGAAAGGAGUUACUUGGUGAAAUAUUCAUCAUUUAUCGUUAAGCAUGCUGGUAUACCCGUUGUCUUAGUUAGUAAUCUGUCAAAGCAUACGACCGAUAAUCAAAAGAGACACGGGAGGCAACAGCAACAGCAACAGCAGUCGCAACAACAUCAAUCUAAAUCGCCAGUUCCCAAAAUUACCUUUAGUGAUAAUUUAGUUGCGGUUGGAUCGAAUUCCAGUUCAUCAAUUGAAUCAGUUGAAUCGUUUGCACCGCAGACAACACCAAUAGACGAGAAUAGUGGUGGUUUGAUUGACCAUCCCACUCCAUAUAACUCGAUUGAAAAGUAUCAGAGUUGGAUUGCAACUAUUUCAGAUAAAUCAUUUACCGAUUCUGUUAAUUAUCUCCAAGCCAUCAAUUCAAAGGACGACUCUUUGAAAAUUGAUGGUAGAAUUCAUCAAAUUUAUAAAUCUCAACUGCAUGGACAACAACUGGGUUCACUUGCCACCACAUCAACCAAUCGAUCAUCCGCCACAAGUCGUCAUAGUUCAGUCGCGUCUGACGGAUCAGGUGGGGGAGGAGGAGCCAAUGACAAUGUGUAUCGAGUCAAAUCCUUGAUUUCCAUUGAAGAUGAUGAGGAUGCAAAAAGAAGAAAAGAAAUGAGACAGAAACGAAGAGCCAGUGGGUCCAAUGGUACUUCCGGCUCUAGCGGAUUGCUUUCAAGCAUGAAGAGUAAUGAUUCUGGUGGGUCUAGUAGUAAUGAAACUAAGGGAAAGAAGUCAUUUUGGAGGAAAAUUGGAUUCAAAAAGGGGUAG